UUGGUGCCAAUGUUGCAGAAAGUUGGGGAAAUGUAUGGAGGCAACCAGAGCGGAGACUCAGAGUUCUUACUCCUGGGGAUCUCAGAGAAUCCUGAACAGCAACAGAUCCUGUUUUGGAUGUUCCUGUCCAUGUACCUGGUUACAGUAGUUGGAAAUGUGUUCAUCAUCCUGGCCAUUGGCUCUGACUUCCAUUUACACACUCCCAUGUACUUCUUCCUGGCCAACCUUUCCUUCACUGACCUCUUUUUUGUCACCAACACAAUCCCCAAGAUGCUGGUGAAUCUUCAGUCCCAAAACAAAGCCAUCUCCUAUGGAGGGUGUCUGACACAGCUCUACUUCCUGGUCUCCUUGGUGGCCCUGGACAACCUCAUCCUGGCAGUGAUGGCAUAUGACCGCUAUGUGGCUAUCUGCCGUCCCCUCCACUACACCACAGCCAUGAGUCCUAGGCUGUGUAUCCUUCUCCUCACCCUAUGUUGGGCACUCGCUGUUCUUUAUGGCCUUAUCCACACCCUUCUCAUGACCAGAGUGACUUUCUGUGGGUCUCGCAAGAUCCACUACAUCUUCUGUGAGAUGUAUGUCCUUCUGAGGUUGGCAUGUUCCAACACUGAAGUCAACCAUGUAGUGCUGGUUGCCACAGGCUGUUUCAUUUUCUUUACCCCUUUAGGGCUCAUGAUCAUGUCCUAUGUCCGCAUUGUCAGAACUAUACUUCAGAUACCCUCAGUCACUGGGAAAUACAAAGCCUUCUCCACCUGUGGUUCCCACUUGGCUGUAGUUUCCCUCUUUUAUGGGACACUUGGCAUGGUGUAUCUGCAGCCUCUCCACACCUACUCCAUGAAGGACUCAAUAGCCACAGUGAUGUAUGCUGUGGUGACCCCCAUGAUGAACCCUUUCAUCUACAGCCUGAGGAAUAAGGACAUGCAUGGGGCUCUGAGAAGACUCCUACAGAAACCUUUUCAGAGGUUAACAUGA